AUGGUUGCCUUCAGCUCUAUGGUCCUCGGCCUCACCGCCAUUGCCGGCUCUGCCUUUGCCGCACCCACUGCCGAUGUCCCUGACUUCGAGCUCGGCUCCAAGAGCCUCGCCGCCCGCCAGGACUACAACCAGAACUACAAGACCUCUGGCAACGUCCAGUUCAGCCCCACCAACAACGGCUACAGCGUCAACUUCUCCAACGCCGGCGACUUCGUCGUUGGAAAGGGCUGGAACAAGGGCACGACCCGCAAGAUCAACUUCCAGGGCUCCACCACGCCCCAAGCCGGCACUGUCCUCGUCUCCGUCUACGGAUGGACCACCGGCCCCUUGGUCGAGUACUACAUCCAGGAGUACACCUCCAACGGAGCUGGUUCCGCCCAGGGCACCAAGAUGGGCCAGGUCACCUGCGACGGCUCCGUCUACGACAUCUGGAAGCACACCCAGGUCAACCAGCCUUCCAUCCAGGGCACCACCACCUUCACCCAGUACAUCUCCAACCGUGUGAACAAGAGGCCCGGCAGCGGCACUGUCACCACCAAGUGCCACUUCGACGCCUGGGCCAAGCUCGGCAUGAACCUCGGUCAGCACAACUACCAGACUCUUGCCACCGAGGGCUGGGGCAACGCUGCUGGCAAGUCCCAGUACACCAUCACCGGCUCAUAG